GUCAAGCUUCUGAGGAGGAGCAGUCGUCCUGCUGUGCUUCGUGUCAAGACGUCCUCAAGGAUCCAGUCUCCACCAGCUGUGGACACUGGUUCUGCAGACAGUGCAUCACCUCAUACUGGCACCAGUCUGGUUCUUCAGGAGACUCCUCCUGUCCCCAGUGUGGACAAAGAUCCAGAACAGGAGCUGGAGCAGAUCGUGGUCUGCAGGAGGUUUCAGAUGAACAUAAGCUCAGUCUGAGGAGGAGAUGUGAACAUGUGACUGAAGGAAGUGAUGAAACAGGAAGUAGAACCCUCCUCAACAGGAUCUACACUGAGCCCUACAUCACAGAGGGACAGAGUGAAGAGGUUAAUACUCAACAUGAGGUGAGGCAGCUUGAGACGGCUUCCAAGAUGAAGAUCCUCCAGGACACUCCCAUCAAGGUCCACGACAUCUUUAAAGCCUCCACUGACCAGCAGAGCAGCAUCAGAGUCGUCCUGACCAACGGCGUCGCUGGCGUUGGAAAAACCUUCUCGGUGCAGAAGUUCACUCUGGACUGGGCAGAGGGUUUAGAGAACCAGGAUGUGGGUCUGCUGGCUGUGCUUUCGUUCAGGGAGCUGAACCUGGUGAAGGACCAGCAGCACAGUCUUCUCACGCUGCUCCAUGUUUUCCAUCCAGAGUUACAGAAGCUCACGGCAGAGACGCUCGCUGUCUGUAAACCUUUGUUCAUCUUUGACGGCCUGGAUGAAAGCAGACCUUCUCUGGACUUCACCCACAGGGAGCUUGUGUCUGAGGUCACACAGAGGUCAUCAGUCAACGUGCUGCUGACAAACCUCAUCCGGGGGAAUCUGCUUCCCUCGGCUCUCGUCUGGAUAACCUCCAGACCUGCUGCGGCCAAUCAGAUCCCUCCUGCAUGUGUUGACAGGGUCACAGAAGUCCGAGGCUUCACUGAGGCCCAGAAGGAGGAGUACUUCAGGAGGAGAUUCAGUGAUGAAGAGCUGUGCAGCAGAAUCAUCUCACACAUCAAGACCUCCAGGAGCCUCCACAUCAUGUGUCAAAUCCCAGUCUUCUGCUGGAUCAGUGCUACAGUUCUGGAGCACAUGUUGACCACAGACCAGAGAGGAGAGCUGCCCAAGACCCUGACUGACCUGUACUCACACUUCCUGCUGGUUCAGACAAAGAGGAAGAACAACAAGUACGGUGAGGGACAUGAGACGACUCCACAGCAGCUGACGGAGGCUGACAGGGACGUUCUCCUGAAGCUGGGGAGGCUGGCACUUAAACAUCUGGAGGAAGGAAACAUCAUGUUCUACCAAGAAGACCUGGAGCGGUGUGGUCUUAAUGUCACAGAGGCCUCGGUGUACUCAGGAGUUUGUACUGAGAUCUUCAGAAGAGAGUUUGUGAUAUUCCAGAAAUCAGUCUACUGCUUUGUUCAUCUGAGCGUUCAGGAGUUUCAGGCUGCAGUCUACAUGUUCCACUAUAUUUUCUUUAAUUACAGACUCCGUGGUUGUUUUGAACUCUCAGAGACUCACUGUGAAGUCGUGGCCUCAGCUCUGAAGUCAGACCCCUCACAUCUGAGAGAACUGGAUCUGAGUGGAAGCCACCUGCAGGAUUCAGUAGUGAAGCUGCUGUGUUCUGGACUGGAGAGUCCAAACUGUCGACUGGAGACUCUGAGGUUGUGGAACUGCAGUCUGUCAGAGAUCAGCUGUUCUUCUCUGGCUUCAGCUCUGAGGUCAAACCCCUCUCAUCUAAGAGAACUGGAUCUGAGGUUCAACAACCUGCAGGAGUCAACAGUGAAGGAGCAUUUUGAUCUAAAGCAGAGUCCAACCUGUCGACUGGAGACUCUGAGGUGGGAGUGAUCUUUGUGGAUCCAGAGGCUGAAGCAGCAGCAGCUUGUGUGUAGUCUCCAAUCUACACAACCCCUAAUCUGCAUGUGUUUGUGAGAUGAAGCUGGAGCAGCUGGAGAAAACACGGGGAGAACAUGCAGACUCCACACAGGAAGAAGCCAUCUGGAUCAGACUCAAACCUGUCGAGAAGGCUGGGAUAUGUGAUUUUGUAAUAUAUGAUGAUGAUGGCUUUACCUGGGCCAUAUGAUUUGCCCUGUUGUAUUUCGAAGGAUUUGUAUUUUCCUUUUAGGGCUGUCUCAGGGACUAGUUUUAAUUAUUUCUAUAAAUGAUACAUUGUGAUAUUAACCAGCUAAAGAUGUAACAUCCUUUUUCCUGACGCUGUUGGUGAGUUAAAUAGAGAAAUACUGUCCUCACCUGGUGACAUUGUGGUAUUGCAUGGUACCACGUUUCCCAUGGCAGUGGCAG